AUGACUGAAAUACCUGCGAUCAAAGACCCAUACAUUUUAGCAGCAGUAGCUGGUAUACUAAUUGCAUUUGGAUUGGGCGGAUACCUCGGCUUAUUUACCAGCAAACCAAAGCCAGUGCUCGAUCCAAAGGUGUUCAAGGAAUUCCCUUUAGUUGAAAAGACCAAGCUUAGCCCAAACACCGCCCUCUAUCGCUUCGGAUUGCCAAAUAAGGACGAUGUACUGGGCUUGCCAAUCGGACAACACAUUUCAGUCCAAGCUGAGAUCAACGGCAAGCAAAUUAUGAGAUCAUACACUCCUACUUCCUCAGACGAUGACAAGGGCUACUUUGAUCUCGUCGUAAAGACAUACGAUCAAGGAAACAUCAGUCUCUUCCUUGAUAAGCUCAAAGUUGGUCAGAAUGUGCGUAUUAGGGGUCCAAAGGGUCAAUUUAAGUAUAACGAGAAUCUUACUCAUCACCUUGGUAUGAUUGCUGGUGGAACUGGUAUCACUCCAAUGCUUCAAGUCAUCCGUGCUAUUCUCAAAAAUCCACUCGACACCACCAAAGUAGACCUGAUCUACGCCAAUGUCUCAAUCGAUGACAUUCUCAUGAAGAAAGAAAUUGAUCAUCUCGUCAAGCAGGAGCAAGACAACGGCAAAAACAGACUUAGAGUGCUUUACUGCCUCAACUCACCACCAGCCAGCUGGGAUGGCGGUAUCGGCUUUGUUAACAAACAAAUGAUCGAGGAACGCUUCCCAUCGGCAGACAAAGAAGGCAAAGUUUUGCUCUGUGGUCCACCUCCAAUGAUCAACGCAAUGAAGAAGCACCUUGAUGACCUCAAGUAUCCUGCUCCGCGCGCUGUUUCAAAGUUGACUGAUCAAAUUUUUUGUUUCUAG